GUAGCGCUUAAACGUCUACGUAAAUUCUACGGAGAAUUAUCGUAUCGUUCAAUACCGAAAGUCUAUAUCGAUGUUUAAGAUUUAUUUAUAAGAAGUAAAGUGUGUAAGACAUUAUAAUAAGUGCAAGUUUAGUAUCUAUGGAUAUAUUUUCGUCAAGUCGAUGAAGAUGAAAACGGUAGCUGAUCUAUGUGUCGAAUUGGCUCAUAUAAAAAUAAUUUAAGCAAAGAAGAACAAAUGUAAUACGAGACGAUGGAUUGCAAACUGAUACACGUGCUAAUAGUAGCACUCACAGCACAUGUAAUUAAUGGGAGAGUGAUGUGUCCAAGUCACCCUAACUGCGUUUGCAGCGGCACGUUCGCUGUUGAACUCAAUUGCAACAUCGAUGGUCGAACCGUGAAAAUUAACUUACUACCGAGUACGUAUAUUAACAUAAAAUGCGAAAACGCAACCAGUCUAGAUUAUAGCAAGCUACCAAAAUGUGCCAAUGAACCGAACACUUUUAAAUCAGUCAGUUUUAAAGAUUGUCCGCUACCGGAUACAUCAUUUAACGAUAUAUUACGUCAAAUUGGAGUAUCAAAGACUAUGUCACUUAUAUUUCAAAAUGCAAAGAAUUUGUCUGGAUACUUCAAUAGGAAGCAUUUUACGGGAUUGAAAGAUUUAAGAAAACUUCUUCUAUCAGUAAAUGGAAUCACGCAUCUACCAGAUAAUCUUUUUAUGGAUAUCAAUAAUUUAACAUGGCUUAACAUUCGCUGCAAUAAUAUUAACCUAUCUGAAGAAUUAUUUAAGCCACUUGAGAGAUUGGAAACCUUAGAAAUAAGUCAUAAUCAUAUGACGAAUAUGUCCUCGAAUCUUUUUUCUCACUUAUCCUUGCUGAGAAAGCUGUCUUUGUGGCAAAGUAACGUUACAUGGUUUUCUAAAGAUUUCUUCACGGGUGUAGAUGUGCUUGAAGAAUUAGAUUUAAGUUCCAACGGACUUAACGAACUACCGAUGACAAUUUUUAAGCCCCUAAGAAAGUUGAAGAAACUGACAUUAUUUUCGAACAAGUUCUCAACGCUGCCACAAAAUUUGUUUUCGACCAAUGAAAAAUUAGAAACUGUCAUUAUUCUUAACAACGACGUUAAAAUUAAAACGCUGCCAAAGAAUAUGUUUGGAAAUUUAUCAAACCUCAAACAAGUUUAUCUUCAACGAAGUGGCGUUGAAGUUAUACCGUAUGAUAUAUUUGUCAAUUCUUCGCUUAUAACAAAUAUAUCAUUAGCAUAUAAUGAUAUAGCAGUAAUCCCGGAAUCAACUUUUAACGAUCAAAUAAACUUGUUAGAACUGGAUUUAAGUCACAACAACUUAAGAAGCUUAGAGUCGAAAUUGUUCUCGUCGUUAGUACGACUAGAGAUAUUGAAUUUAUGUUAUAAUUCCAUCGAAGAAGUUUCGAGUGUAACGUUUUCAUCUCUGUUAAGCCUAAUAUAUUUAAAUAUGGAACAUAAUAAUUUGAAAAUAAUAUCAUCCGAUCUAUUUAGUAGCAAUAAACAAAGAAUGUCAAUAACCUUGGCUUAUAAUCGACUAGACUUUGAAAAUAAAGAAUUAAAAAAUAAUUCAUGGGCAGUGACGAGAUCAUCACCUUUUGCUCAUACUUAUAAUCUGAGGAUGCUUAAUUUAAGUCAUAAUAAAUUCAAACAUUCAUUCGACGACUGGUGGAUUAACGGGCACGAAAACUUGGAUAUCAGCUUUAAUUCCAUUCAAUAUCUCUGGGGUUAUACAAAGUAUUCAAUUGAAGAUGGAAAAUCGAAUUAUGAAGAAAUAUUAAAAAAGCCAUUAAAAGAAGUUUGGAUUUCAAAUAAUCCCUUAAAUUGCAGAUGCAGAAACUUUCUUUUCAUUGACUAUCUUAAAGAUAAUUUAAAGUCGAAGGUCAUGGAUGAUACAUUAAUACAUUGUCCGAUCUGGACUAGGGAAGCAUGUUACCUAAGGUUUAUAAUAUUUAUUUCUGUAGUGACUACAUCAGUGUCACUAUCAACAAUCACUCUGAUAUUGUACUUUAUAUACAAAAAUCAAAUAAAUUCUAUGAUAAAAAGGCGAUUCAAAUAUUUUUCAAGACAAGAUAACACUGAUCAAUAUAAGAAUAUACUUAUAAAAUAUUCUGAAAAUGAUGAAGAAUUCGUAUUGAAGGAGAUCUUACCGGAACUUAAAAAUCACAAAAACUUCAAUGUUCAAACGAAACUUGUUAAAACCAAUUCCAAAGAUAAUUUCAUCAAACAUUUCGCGAAUGGAUCGAAAGAAAACGACACUGUUGUGAUAAUAUUUUCCCCAAACUACUUAACGUCAGCUUACAGCCACGUAAACAUAAAGAAAAUUCGAGGCGAAAUGUUGAAAACGAAAAACACGCUUUAUGUAUUCACCGAUAUUGGCCCCGAGAAUUCGAUAUAUGCUUUCCUAAAAGAGCAACGAGAUCAGCGAACAGCUAUUUUGUGGAGUGACCCAAAUUUCUGGAAUGUUCUCAUUUCCAUGUUAUCGAAUGGAUAUAAGAAAAAAGUGCGAUUUUCGCCGGGAAUCGAUAUACGUUCAAAACUAAAUACAUCCCUCACUUCAUCCAAGAGCAAGUUGGCCUCCAACAGUUCAUUUACAAGACUGCCCGACUGGCCGGAUGUCUACGCUUCGAGUACAUUUGCACACAGUCAGGUUUAGUUACGUUAUCAUUUCUAGUGAGGUAAAGACUGACUUCUUCGCUACAAUCAAUAUAAAUCUCACAUUUCGUAGUUUCAGAUCACGAUAUAAUUUUGUUACGAUUUAGGUAACUUGUAAAAACGUGUUAAACUAGGAUUGUAAAAGUUAUUGUGUAAAAUUUUUACGAAGAUGUAUUUAGCGUGUAUGGAUUCAAGGUCAUUGUAAUGUAUUAUUUUUAAAAUAUGUCUUAAUAGUAAGGUCAGCAUCCCAAUUUCCUUAAACAAUGGUUUAACCUACAGUUCAUAAUUAACUUCAAAGAAGUGUUACCAUUGCGAUAUAAUCAGUAUUUAAUCCUUAAUUUCUAUUUCAUAUGUAAAUAUAUUAUGAGAAUGUAUUAUGUAAACACAUUUAA